AUGACGGUCAGGGUAGGCUGCGUCAACUCCUAUAGACAUCAUUACAUGAGUGGAGCACCGCAAGUUGGAGCUAUGUCUCCAUCUCUAUUUAUUCUACACACGAUCGAGUUAACGCAGAUGCUCAAAGUUUCUGUAAACGUUGGAGUGCAGGUUAACGCUGACGAUGUGAAGAUAUAUGAGUGGUACAAUCAAAACAAUCGUGAUGAGGUCUGCAGAGCGUCACAACAAUCUCUCGAGAAAUUAAUCAGCUGGGCUAUGGAUUUAGACUUAGUGGUGAACUUGGACAAAUGUUGCGUGCUUCAUCGUGGUGGCGGAGUAGCUCGUGAUUUCUAUGUUACCGGCGUGAUGCUGGAAAAGUGUGAGAAUGUGAAUGAUUUGGGUAUUCUGAUUGAUGGAAAGCUGAAAUUUUCCAUUCACAUUUGCAGUGUUGUUAGUAAAGAUUGUAGCUCCCUCUUCACUAUUUUUCCAAACGUACAUGCAUAG